AUGUCCGCGAACGGCGCAAGCACCGGCAAGGCUCCAGUCCAGGACCCCCAAAUGCCCCAACCUUUUAUCAAUGUCCAGCCAGCUCGCUUGAGUGACCUGCAGCCCAAGUACGCGACGCGGAUUCAACAUGACGACGAUAAUCCCGAUGCGCACGGCUGGUACGCUGGUUUCAUCCACGGUCUAGGUGACUGUAUUGGUUUCUUCGGAGCCAUUCCGUGUUGCUUCUGCUGCCCUAACCCCUUCAAGCCCGUUGAUCAGGGUGCGGUGGGUUUGAUCUCGCGAUUCGGACGCUUCGAACGUGCGGUCGAUCCUGGUUUGGUCAAAAUCAACGUGCUUAGCGAAGAGAUUACCACAGUCGAUGUCAAGAUCCAAAUCGUGGAGGUGCCCCGACAGGUCUGCAUGACUAAGGACAAUGUCACCCUCAACUUGACCUCAGUCAUCUACUACCAAGUAGUGUCUCCCCACAAGACCGCCUUCGGUAUUACCAACGUGCGACAAGCUCUCAUCGAGCGCACACAAACCACAUUGCGCCACGUGAUCGGCGCCCGGGUGUUGCAAGAUGUGAUCGAGCGACGCGAGGAGAUCGCCCACUCGACCUCGGAGAUCAUUGAGGAGGUAGCCGCCGGCUGGGGCGUGAAGGUCGAGUCAAUGCUCAUCAAGGACAUCAUCUUCAGCAACGACCUGCAAGACUCACUGUCCAUGGCCGCGCAGUCCAAGCGUAUCGGUGAGAGCAAGGUUAUUGCCGCCCGCGCCGAGGUCGAGUCGGCCAAAUUGAUGCGCCAGGCCGCCGAUAUUCUUUCCUCCGCUCCCGCGAUGCAGAUCCGCUAUCUCGAAGCAAUGCAGGCUAUGGCCAAGUCUGCCAACAGCAAAGUGAUUUUCUUGCCCGCGGCGCCCGAUCUGUCCCAGCAACUGGAUGCCGCCAAUAAUGCGGGAGAGGGCCCGAGCAAGUACGGCGUCACGAACCCAGGAGACGGUGGCCUCCAACAAGCGGUCAAUGCUCGCGUUAUCGAGGACAUCUAG